GGCAGAGCUGCACUGAGGACGGGACGGGACACACAGCGGAGAUCAGAUCACCGAAAGUUCUGAGGAAGAUUAUCACCUUCCGACUUCAUCACCUCCUCCUGCUGAAGACAACCGAUCAUCCUAACUUUGUGCCUGAAGAGGUCCGAGGGGUUUCUCAACAAAGCAUGAGCGUUUGAAAAUGGAAAUGGAACUUUUUCUCCGAACAAAUGCAUGGAACAUUAUUUCUACAGCAGCAUCUGGGAUGAAGCUGUUCUAGGAUUGAGCUUUAAACUCCAUCGCUACGUUCCUUAUAACUUUAAAAACUCCACAUUAUGGACUUCUCAGGUUCUUUGCCUCCACCCUCCCCAUACACCUUCCCCAUCACCCCCAAUGUCUCUAUACCUUCCCCGUCUCCCUCCCUCUCUCCAUCACCCAGCCUGGCAUCCACCGCUCUCUUCUGCUCCCUCCUCUCCCUCCUCUCCUUGCUGGGUAUCACAGGAAACCUGUACACGUUAGGCCUCCUUCUGAGGCGCAGGAGGAGCAAGAGAAGACGCGCAGCAGGGCCAUCCUGCUGCCUGAUGAGAGUACCUAUACCAUUCUGCCUCGCCAACGCCUCCUCCCCCUCCACCUCCCCCAUCUCGUCUUCUUCUUCCUCCUCCACCUCUCUUCACCUCCAGGUGCUGAGCCUCGCCCUUGCCGACCUGCUCUACCUUUUCACCGCCCCCUUCAUCGUGUACGACAGCCUGGCGUCUGGCUGGGCCUUUGGUGAGCCGGGCUGCCGCCUCCUCCUGAGCCUGGACCUCCUCACCAUGCACGCCUCCAUCUUCACUCUCACCGCCAUGAGUCUGGACCGCUACCGGGCUGUGGCUCACCCCUUGCACACCUCCUCCUCCAACUCCUCCGGCCUGCUGCGUGUGGGCCUGGCCUGGGGGCUGGCCGUGGCUCUGAGUCUGCCCAUGAUGAUCACCCUGCACCUGGAGGACGGGGAGAACCAGGAGGGCCAGCUGUGUGUGCCGGCGUGGGACGAGCAGAGCUCCAAAGCCUAUCUGAGUGUGCUGUUCUGCACCAGCAUCCUCGGGCCUGGGCUGGCCAUCGGAGCCCUCUAUGCCACCCUGGGCCGGCGGUACUGGGUGUCUCAGACCAGGCCGGCCUGGGCCACUGCGAGCAGCACUGCUUGUCCUGCCCGUGCUCCCAAACCCAAAGUCCUGCUCCUCAUCCUGGGUAUCGUUCUGGCCUUUUGGGCCUGUUUUCUCCCUUUCUGGAUCUGGCAGCUGCUGCCGCUGUACCAGCCCGACAUGCUGCGGACAGUCCCGGUGGGGACGCAGGUGACAGUGAAUCGCAUCCUGACGGGGCUGACCUAUGGAAACUCUUGUGUGAAUCCGUUCUUCUACACACUAUUGACAGGAAAGCGAAGACGCAACAGGCAGACGCUGACAUCAGCAAAUCAGCUCUGCCGCAAGAGCAGUCCACUGCAGUAGUGUGAUGUCAGUGACUCAGUGUGUCGACGGCACAGAUAAUAAUGUGAGUGUGUACGUGUGUUUACCAGUAUGCAAAUGUGUGAAAAGGUGAUGUACACAAAGGCUUUAUGAAUUUAUUAGUGCAAAGACGAUUGAUUUAGAAUCAGCCAAGGAAACAAUGAUACCAAGCAAAUGAUAGCACUUUGUAAAAUGCUUUGUGAACAGAAAUAAAUAUUCUAUUAAGAGAUUAAAUGUUAACUAUCUUUGUUUUGUUUGCCAGUGCAUAAAAGCUUUACGAGUAGACAAUAUUUCCUAUUUGGAGAUUAGAUGGGUUUUACCAGCAAAAGACGACAAUCUCAGUGUGUCACCUAUCUUUUCAAAAACAUCGGUGUUCAUAUCAAAUAAUGUCUCAACUUGCUGUAAACUUACAUGUUGAUCAUUUGGUUUUAAAUGUCUUAUUGAGAUUAUACUUGUGACUAUGGAAAUGUCACUUUUUACAUAAGUGGACACUACAAUAAUUUAACAUCAUUUAACCCUAAACUGAAAGAUCUAAGAAUAGAGAGGAUUUUUUAGUUUGUAAAUAGAUUUGUUGUCCUUCAAGCAAAUCGGUGCUACAAAAUAUUAAGAGGACAGAUUAUGUCAUAUGUUGCACAUGCACAAGCAUUUCCAGUAAAGCCGUGACGCACUUCUGCUCAUUUUCAGAGAACAAUCAGAGAACGACUGGUUGUAACUGGUCCGGACCUUGUUGAGACACCAGUUUGUUGACACAUGUUGGAGCAGGUCAACAAUCUUGGUUUGCUUCGACUGACUCAUAUAAAACAAUAUAAGUUUAUAUUAUCACGACCUGCAUGUUGGGUUUGCCAGUUUAGUUAUUAUUAUGAAUGGUGUUUUACAUGGCCUCGCCUUGUGUUGACUGUAACUGAUGUUUAUAAUAAUGCAUAAUAUACAGCCUUGAAUAAAAACUAUGCUUUCUGUAA